GUUUGAUUUUUGGUGAUGCUGUUCGGCAUCGUUGCUUCGCAGGAGGUGUAGAGAUUGCACGAGUUGCUUCUUCGGCUCCUUUGUUGCCGUUCGAAUUUGCUCCUUCGACGACGGUCCCUUCCUGCCGGUUCGGAAGUUACGACAUUUUAAUCGGAAGCAGCGACGGGAGCUCGCUGGCUUUCGUGCGCUUCUUCGGCCAAAUCCGCCGAGCUACACAUGAUUUAGUAAAUCCGGGAUUUACGGCAAAAGAGGGAAACGGAGGAUUUAUUCGGCCGUGAGAUUUACGGGGCGCUCAAAUCCCGUUUGGCAGGAUUUAGCAUAAAUCCUGCUCAAAUCCGGCAUAAAUCCUGUUGCCAAACAGCGCCGUAGGAAGCUACUUCGCGUUCUCCGACGACGCUCUUCCUGUCGGAUGGGAAAACACAACGAGUGCUCGCUGCGAAUUUCUCGUUAUUUCUUCCCUUUGGCGCGCUUCUUUGGGCAAAUACCGUAAAUCCGCUGAGGACUUACUGAAUCCGGGAUUUAGCCUUUUUCCUUGCCGCAGCAUAGUGUUUUUGCGCUUCUCUCUUUCUCGCUUAUUUCCAUCCAAUUGGCUAGUCGUUGCCUGGGACUUGGCAGAUAUGAACUUUCGCUUCCAAAACCUCCUCGGCGCUGCCUAUCGUGGCGGCAACGUGGUGAUAUCCGGGGACAGCCUUCUCUCUCCAGUAGGCAACCGAAUUUCCGUAACCGAUCUCAUUAAGUCCCAUACUUUGACACUCCCAUUUGAGGCCAAGUCAAAUGUCUCUCGCAUCGCUGUCUCGCCCGACGGGGAUUUCCUUCUCGUCGUAGACGAUUCAUCCCGCGCCCUCUUUGUCAAUCUUCGACGCCGAACGGUCCUGCAUCAUAUUACCUUUAAGAAGCGAGUCACUGCACUCCGCUUCAGCUCGGAUGGCUCACUCAUUGCCGUUGGCCUUGGCAAGCUCCUCCAGAUCUGGCGAUCCCCCAACUUCCGCAAGGAGUUCUUUCCUUUCAAGCUUGUUCGCACAUUCUCAGAUUGUGCCGCUGCAAUUACUUCGCUAGACUGGAGCCCUAACUCUGACUAUAUUCUCGUCGGAUCAAAAGAUUUGGCGGUUCGGUUGUUCUGUCUGAAGAAAACGAAGGUUCGGACUAGACCUUUCCUGUUUCUGGGCCAUAGGGAGCCGGUUGUCGGAGUUUUCUUCGGUACCGAGAAGAAGACGAAUAGAGUAUGUAGAGUUUACACUAUUUCUAGGGACGGGGCAAUUUUCACGUGGAAUUUAGAUGAAAUUAGCAGUUCUGAGGAUAAUGCUGGAGGGAGCAUUUGCAAUCCUCCUCAACAAAGGAAUUGGGAAGGAGAAUCUGAUGAUAAUAACAAGGUCACUGCGGAUGAAAUUGGCACGGCCAUUGUGGAUCGGAAAAGGAAAAGGGAGUGUUUGGAUGAUGUUGAUGCAGAUACAUCGGGAAUUCCUUUGCAUAGAAUGAAAUGGGAGUUAUUGAAGAAGGAUUUCUUCAUGCAAGCUCCUGCAAGAUUGACAACCUGCGAUUACCAUAGGGAGCUUGAUAUGUUGGUUGUUGGAUUUUCCAACGGGGUUUUUGGUUUGUAUCAAAUGCCGGAUUUUGUUUGCAUUCACUUACUUUCCAUAUCAAGGGAGAAGAUCACAACAGCAGUCUUUAACAAGCUUGGUAAUUGGUUAACAUUUGGCUGCGCAAAGCUUGGGCAGCUGCUAGUAUGGGAAUGGCGCUCUGAGAGUUAUAUUCUGAAGCAACAAGGGCACUAUUUUGAUGUCAAUUGCCUAGCGUACUCGCCUGAUUCACAAAUGUUGGCCACCGGUGCUGAUGAUAACAAAGUCAAGGUUUGGACAGUUUCAUCAGGCUUCUGUUUCAUAACGUUCGCUGAACACACUAAUGCAGUUACUGCAUUAAGUUUUAUGAAUAAUAAUCAUUGUCUUCUUAGUGCUUCUCUUGAUGGAACAGUUCGAGCGUGGGAUUUAUUUCGCUAUCGGAACUUUAGAACAUUCACCACUCCUUCACCCAGGCAAUUUGUUUCUUUGGCUGUAGAUCAAAGUGGAGAAGUAAUUUGUGCUGGGACUAUUGACUCAUUUGAGAUUUUUGUUUGGUCAAUGAAGACUAGUCGUUUGCUUGAUAUUCUCAGUGGUCAUCAGGGGCCUGUCCAUGGUUUAAUGUUCUCACCUACGAAUGGUGUUCUUGCUUCAUCUUCUUGGGACAAAACUGUUCGAAUUUGGGACGUUUUUGAAGGAAAGGGUGCAGUUGAGACUUUUCAACAUAAUCAUGAUGUUCUCACAGUUAGUUAUCGUCCAGAUGGAAAGCAGCUUGCUUGCAGCACAUUGGAUGGUCAAAUAUCCUUUUGGGAUCCUUUAGAUGGAAUACUCAUGUAUACAAUUGAAGGUCGAAGGGACAUUGCUGGUGGGCGUCUCAUGACGGACAGGAGGUCUGCUGCCAAUUCAACUUCAGGAAAGUACUUCACUACAUUGUGCUAUUCUGCUGAUGGAAGCUAUAUUUUAGCAGGUGGAAGUAGCAAGUACAUUUGCAUGUAUGAUGUUGCGGAUCAGGUUCUAUUGAGGAGGUUUCAAAUAACUCGCAAUCUCUCUUUGGAUGGUGUUCUUGAUUUUUUGAAUUCUAAAAGAAUGACAGAUGAUGGUCCAUUAGAUUUAAUUGAUGAUGAGAAUAGCGACGUGGAGGUAGGCAUUGAUCAACAAAGGCGAGGAAAUUUAGGGCAAGGCUUGCCUGGAGCGAUUACUAAUCUUGGUUGUCCUAUUGCUCGUACGAAAUGUUUGAAAAUUUCUCCAACUGGAAGGAGUUGGGCUGCUGCUACAACUGAGGGUGUGCUGAUGUACUCUAUUGAUGAGUCAUUCAUUUUUGAUCCGACUGACCUUGAUAUUGACGUAACUCCUGAGGCUGUAGAUUCUGCUCUUUCAGAGGCUCAGCAUCAGAGGGCAUUGUUGCUUAGUCUUCGUCUAAAUGAAGAAACCAUAAUUAAGAAAUGCAUAUUUUUUGUGAAGACAUCAGAUAUACCCUCCAUUGCUUCAUCUAUACCCGUCAAAUAUUUGCAGAGACUAAUGGAAGUGUUUUCUGAUCUCCUUGAAAGCUGUCCGCAUCUGGAAUUUAUUCUUCAGUGGUGCCAGGAGCUCUGCAAGCGCCAUGGACAUUUCAUUAGACAAAAUUCCAGAACCUUGCUUCCUGCCCUAAGAUCAUUACAGAAGCCAAUCACAAAAUUGCAUCAGGAUCUGAUGGAUGUAUGUUCCUCCAAUGAGUACUCGCUUCAAUAUUUAUGUUCCACAAGCAGCAGAUGAAGUAGUUCU